CUUGACUGCUAGCAGGGAUUUAGGAAUGUGGAGACCGUCACCCUCAAAUCGUCUGAGGUACCGUCGGAAGAAAACUUUUUAAAAGGCUUUAUCUUAACAAAAUACAUCUUAAGCCACUGGGUAUGAAAUUCCUGCCUCAACGUGGAACGAUUGUUUAGGAAACUCGAUGCCAGAAGAUUAACGGUUAGUGAGGAAACCGUUGACGCGAACUGAAAACUGCUUGUGCGCUUUUACAGGGACGCCUGUGCUUGUCUCCAUGGUAACGUGGUAGGACGCAUAGCCCCGGCAUUGUCGCGUUUAGCUGCUGAAGCUCGAAGGGGGCGGAACCGGAGAGGAACGACGGGUCCUUUCUCUCCUGUAAAGGCAAAAAUCGGUCGAAGAUGGUAAGGAGAGCACGGCUGCGUCAGGACAGCAUCACCAUUAUAGCCAUUUCUCGACGGCGUCUACUACCCUUACACCAGUGACACCCAAGGGACCCACUCAUCAGCAGGGAUCCCAUCCCUCCUGAAUUCCCCCCUCAGCCAGCAAACAGCAAACGGCCACUCAGCACCAGGCAUGACUCCAUCAAGCAGUGCAUCUACUGUCCCUCCAUUCAAGUUUCGCCCUCGCAGGGAAAGCGUGGACUGGCGGCGGAUCAGCGCCGUGGACAUUGACCUGGUGAUAAGCCAGCUGGACGUGGAUGCUCUGCAGGAUUACAUCAGCACCGUUACCUUCUGCAAUUUAGAAGGCGAGCGAUGCCAGCGGUGCCAAAGCCCCGUGGACCCGGCUCUGGUCAAGCUCCUGCGUUUAGCCCAGCUCACCGUGGAGUGGCUCCUCCACUGCCAGGAGUUUCUCAGUCUCAGCCUGCGUGCGGCGGAGGAGAGGCUGGCGGCAGCCGGUGGGGAGCGCGAGCAGCUUCUGGCUCAGCAGAAGAAGCAGGAGGAGAAGGUGAAGGCACUGACAGCGGAGCUUAAGCAGAGGAAGAAGGUGAUUCGCACCCAGCAGUCUCUGUUUGCGCCAAGGAUCAUCAGCAGCCACAAGUGUCCAGCAUGUGAGAAAUUCUUUCUCAAUUCAACCUUUCUCCAGAGCCACAUGCAACGGCGCCAUCCAGAUGAGUAUGAGAACGAGCUGCGUUCAGACAGUGAGAAGAAAUCUCAAAUUGAAAACCUCAAAUCGGAGAUCAGCAGUCUGAAGGAGCAGAUCAGUCAGCAGCAGCAGCAUGCUCUGCAGACCAAAACAGCUCAGGAAAAAGAGCAGCUGUCUCUGCACAAAGACUGGCAGAGAGAGCUAGACCAUUUCAAGGCUGAGGCGAUGGCUCGCGUGGACAGAAAAAUAGAGGACAGCCAAGACGGGAUACGCCGGGAGAUGCAAAUUUACGCUAGAAACAUUCAAGCUAAUGAGGCAAACCUGAAUCUCACAGCCAAGCGUGAAAAACCAGCAAGCCCUGUUCAGCCAGAGAGAGAUGUGGACAACUACAAAGAGGUGCAGAUGCAGGCCAUCCAAAAGUUGGAACAGCAACUGAGGAAACAGGAUAAAAAGUGGGAAGUCAAGAUGAAGGAGAUGAAGGCUCAGCAUGAAUCUGAAAAGAACCAGUGGCAGAAUGAGCUGAGCAGAAUGCAGUCCUCCGUGUCAGAGCAGCAGGAGCAAAGCCAGAGGCUGCAGCAGGAGAUGAGCAGGAGGCUGCAGGAGAAGGAUCAGGCCAUCAAGGCUCAGAGGGAGCAGAUAAAGAGCAUUUCCUCAAAUCCGCCCACCAAGAUAGUGGAAGUUCCAGUCAUGGUCGCUGCACCAGCUCCAGAGCCUAAACCAAAGAGAGUCAUUCUCGAGGAACCAAUCAGUGCUCUAAAGCUGGAUCCUAUACAGGAGCUGUCAGAAGAGGAGAAAGACUCAAGCAGCUACUCUGAGAGGAAGACAGUGGAGAGAAAGCCCGAUCCUGUACCGGCGAAGAAACCGAAAAUGGCCUCAAGUGCUCUUAAAAGGAACAACAGCAUGAAGAAAGACAUGCGGCGAGGCAUCGAGGAGGCUCUCAUUCAUAGAAUGGAGAAACUAGGAGUGAAGCCUGAUCAGACCGGCCUAAAGAACCAAGACCUGAACUCCAUCCUAGCCAAGGUGCAAACAGAUCGAGAUAAAUUUGCAAAAGCGAAUCCUGACUUCUGGCGCGUACGUGAUGAAUUAAUGAGCAUAGCAGAGCAGAGGCUAGACAGUCAGAGGAGAGGCAGUGACCCCGCUCCGGUGUCACAGACCAGAUCUAGACAAUCUGUUCAAGCGGUGCAGAUUCGUCCUCGCUCCAGCAGCCUGCCCUCCAGGGUGACAAAGGUGCAAUCUGGACCGGCCGUCAAACAGCCCAAGACGCCCCAGCCUGCACCGAGGACUAAGACCACCACUCAACCCCAGACUUCUACACCCAACACAAAGACUGUUGCAAGGAUCGUCCAGUCCAAGACCCCUCCCUUCAGCUCUGAUGAGGAAACCGAGGACGAGGACACAGACAUGGAGGAAGAACAGCCACAGAAACUUCAGAGCAGAAAAUCCCCUCAACCCAGACUGAACCAGGUCCAGAUCAGAGCAGGCAAAUCCGGUCCAAACCAGGCUCCGUUUAGGCACUCCAUCUCCUCCAACCAGCAGCAGAGCAGAGGGUCAGCAGCUGUUGGGACUAAGACAGCUGUCACAAAGGAAGACAGUGAUGAGGAAGAGGAUGAUGAUGAUUGGUCAGACGUGAGCGACCUGCAGGAGAUUGACCUAAGACAACAGCAGAGUCACAAAGACCAGAACGGGAACGUGGAACAGAAAAGCUCUGGUAAAGAAAACAAAAUCAGUGACUUGGCUCGAAAAAUGGAGAAGCAGUUAGCAGAAAGAGGGUCGAAGAAACCAACAGGGGGCGUCAGCAUCUUACCAGAGAGCAAGGAAGACGUUCAGGAACUAACGAUCACAGAUCUGGAGGAGAGCAGCGAGUGGUUGGUCUCCUCCUUAGAGGAGAGAUUGGAACUGUCUAAACCAGCUCAGAGCUCAACCAGGAAGAGCCUGGAGUCAUCCAGCACCAGCGUCUGGGGGACCUCGACAGGAAAGGCUCCCAAAUCAGGUCUGACUGAAGCUGGAACAGGAAGCACCCUGAAGAGCAGCCUGUGCUCCCUCAGCGACAUCAGCGACUCUGAGGAGAUCAGCAAUAAUAAACACAAUAAACGCUACGGCUGAUCAGGUGAUGUAGCUGAGCACUGACGCAAAGACCUCAGUCAGUUCCUCUGACAAACACCAAGCAGCCUGACUUUACAUGGACUCGAUUCCACAAACAGAGCAAUAAUUAAAGAGCAAUAGGCUUUCACUGAAGAGAACAACAAUCUAAUACAUGAUUUAGAGAUGGAUGAGAUUUCUUUUUAGCCUCAUGAUAAGCUUUGUGCCAUUUCUUUGCUUGCCUUAGGCCUUCUCAGUGUUUGUAUAUUCACUAAAAUACGACCCACAGUCCAUAUGUGUGUAAAAUUUUGUACAUCAAAUUUUAUAAAAUCUUAACAGAGAAAUGAGAUUGGCUUUUGUACAGGAAAUAUUUAUAUCAACAAUAAAAGAGUACUUUGUGAAAAACA